CUUUUUCCCUUUAUUACCUUUCUCUAUUUAUAACCCCCCCACAUAUCCCCCGUUGCAUGGGAAGAAAAAAAACAAGAGGAAAAAAGGAAGUUUGAGAAGACAUGGAAGUGGGUGUUAAUGAGGUUGAAGAUGAUGUGUUCUUUGCAGACUUAAACAAGCAAAUUUCUUUGCUAAUCAUGGAUGAUGAUAAUGAUGAACCAGUUGCUACAUACCCUUCAGUUUCUUUCCAGACAUUCUGUGGAGCAAAUUAUCAAACAGGUCGACCCCCACAUCUUGAAAGCAAAGGCACGGGAGUUUUUAUCCCGAGGUCAUUGCAGCCAACAAGGAAGCAUGGGCAAAGAAGAUUCACUUCAUUCAACAACAAUUCCAACAGGUAUAAGCAUAAUAACGGUACAAAAAUGGCUUCUCGACAAUCUUUCAACGAUCCUUACACAUCUUCUUCAAGUGUUUUUUACUUGCCAAAAGGAUUUUCCAAAUUCUUCUGUUUCUCUCUGUCCAAAUGUGACCACAUUCCGCAAAAGCUUCAAGAUGGUAAUGGUAGGGAGAAGCGACAUGCCCUUGAGCUUUUAAACUGUCCUGCUAAGAACAUUAUUCCAGAUGAGGUCUCUAUGAUAGUUUCCAUUGCUGCAUAA